AGGGAACAGCAGACACAACAAACAUGGCGGCGGUGACGAAGACGGCGGAGGCGACGGCGACAGCAGCGGCGUUGAACAAGGCGGUAGGGGUUACUCGGUGCGGCUGUCAGGAGACCUCUGUAUGGCUUUUCAAUUUUAGUUGAAAUUCCCUCCAUGGCCUUUUGGAGUCCUUUGGUGUAUCUCCAGAGUAAAUUUCGAUUACUCUACAUUUCAUCCAUGCUGGAGUGGCAAGAAAAAGGAGGAACUGAUUUGGGGUGAAAAGGUAUAACGAACUGUAAACUAAAAAAAAAAAAAAAUCAAAAACAAAGAUGGGUGAAAAGAAACCAGAGCCUUUGGACUUCGUGAAAGAUUUCCAGGAAUACCUGACUCAGCAGACCCAUCAUGUCAACAUGAUUUCUGGAUCAGUUAGUGGGGACAAGGAAGCAGAGGCUCUUCAGGGAGCUGGAACAGAUGGUGAUCAAAAUGGACUUGAUCACCCAUCUGUUGAAGUUUCCCUGGAUGAAAACUCAGGAAUGUUAGUAGACGGGUUUGAAAGGACCUUUGAUGGGAAGCUCAAGUGUCGGUACUGCAACUAUGCCAGCAAAGGCACCGCACGACUCAUUGAACACAUUAGAAUCCACACAGGUGAGAAACCUCAUAGAUGUCACUUAUGUCCAUUUGCAUCUGCUUAUGAGCGUCAUCUGGAAGCCCAUAUGCGUUCCCAUACAGGAGAAAAACCAUAUAAAUGUGAAUUGUGUUCAUUCCGCUGCAGUGAUCGAAGUAACCUGUCCCAUCAUCGAAGGCGCAAGCAUAAAAUGGUACCAAUGAAAGGUACUAGGUCUUCCUUAAGCAGCAAGAAAAUGUGGGGGGUUUUACAGAAGAAAACAAGCAAUCUGGGCUAUAGCAGACGAGCACUAAUCAACUUAAGCCCACCUUCCAUGGUGGUCCAGAAGCCAGACUACCUUAAUGACUUUGCCCAUGAGAUCCCGAAUAUCCAGACUGACUCCUACGAAAGUAUGGCAAAAACCACCCCAGCUGGUGGCCUGCCAAGGGACCCCCAGGAACUCAUGGUUGACAACCCUUUAAACCAGCUGUCAACUCUAGCAGGACAGUUGUCCAGUUUGCCGCCUGAAAACCAAAACCCCGCAUCCCCUGAUGUGGUUCCCUGCCCCGACGAGAAGCCUUUCAUGAUGCAGCAGGCCUCUGCUCAAGCAGUGGUUUCUGCCGUGUCAGCCAGUGUUCCUCAGAGCUCCUCGCCCACUAGCCCCGAAGCUCGGCCAUCACAUAGUCAGAGGAACUAUAGUCCGGUGGCAGGUCCGAGCAGUGAACCAAGUGCUCACACGAGUACUCCCAGCAUGGGAAACAGUCAGCCAAGCACUCCAGCUCCGACCCUGCCGGUCCAGGACCCUCAGCUUCUACACCACUGCCAGCACUGUGACAUGUACUUUGCCGACAACAUCCUUUACACUAUUCAUAUGGGAUGUCAUGGGUAUGAAAAUCCUUUUCAGUGUAACAUAUGUGGAUGCAAAUGUAAAAACAAGUAUGAUUUUGCCUGUCAUUUUGCAAGAGGGCAACAUAACCAACACUGAUGGAAAACAAUCACGUUAUGCUUUACUUGGUUUGCCUUUUUGUGUUUUGUAGUUUACUGUUGUUUUCUGCAGGGGAGGGGUGGGGGUGUCGUCCCUAUUAAGGUGUUUGCUAAUUUAAAGUCUAUACAUACAGAGUAUAAAUUUGACAGUGGAAACAAAAUUUCUUUUUUCUUUUUUUUUUUUCCAUAAAAACCUUGUCAGGGUCAUUUAUGUAUUAGAACAGUUGGACAUGUUGGUGUCUGUUUUUUCCUUUCAUUUAGACAUUUGAGAAUUUGAGUGCAAUGAUAAUCUUACAAGUGGUCAUUUAAAUUUCUCACAUUUAUGAUCCAUAAAAACUUCAAGGCUGAUAGAUACCCUUGGUAUUUCAACAUCUACACUGCAGCUAGAUGUUAUUUCUGCCAUAAUUUCAAAAUGGUAAAUUACUUUCUCUUACAAAAUCUGUUACAACUUAUUUCAAUGUUUAGUGGAGGAAUUGCCUUUGAAAUUGCCCUUAAUUAAAAACUAUUUAGCUAACAUAGCUUAGUUGAAUCAGUAGUUUAAUUUCAACUGAUAAUAGUAAAGCAAUUUCAGUGUAGUAAAUCUUUCUUUUUUCCAUAAGGGAAAAUAUAAAACAUUGAAUUCUUUUAAAAUUAAAGUUAUAAAAAUAUGAGGUAAAAGUUCUGAAAAGAAAUGAAACUUAAGACUUUAAAUUGAAAAUGGAGUUUAAUAGUUAAAAUACCUGCCUAUUCAACUUGUAGUUUAAACACACAGCAAUUUUCCAUUGGAUUCUUUUUAUUAUACUUGUAAUUUAUUUUAAAAACUACAGGUAAAUACAUGAGAACACUAGAAAUAUCAGAGGAUUAUCUAUGAAGAUGCCUUUUUUCCUUUUAAUCUGAACUGUUCAUUUAAAUCUUCAUUCUGACGUUACACGUGAGGUUGAUAACUAUACUGAGAAUCUGCUAUUCCUUCUAUUCCUUUGAUGACCAAAGAGGUACAGUGGAAGUCAUCCAUCUUAUUCCUAGGAAAUGCGGUCCUUCCCCCCAAAAUCUGAAGUUUCCUUUUCCUGCCUUCUAUCCAUUUAUUGCCCAUAAUUUUCAAGAAAAGGUAGGUAUAGAAACACAUGGGAAAAUGUGAUGGUGAAGUGAUAUUUACAAAAAUGAGAACAUAUGUCCAAAACGAAUUCUGGACUCCUCUUCAGAAUUGGCCAUUUAAGAUAUUUUCUGUGAAUUCAAGUUGUAAUGCUUAUUUGCAGUUUUACCAGUCUUUAAUGUACAGCAAGAAAACUAUAUAGAACUGUGACUUGAAUCAUCAUUAGUAGAAGAGGAUAAAAAAAGUGUGGAAAUGGAUAUAAAAAUGCAUUUAAACAUGAUAUUUGUUUACAAAAAUAAAACUUGCUAUAUAAAUCCACAGUAAGUAAUUUUGAUUAGGAGGCUGUUUUUUGUGUAAUAACUAGCGGACUCUGAGGACAGCUUGGUCAAACAAUAAAAUAUAUUGUUACUAACUGUUGGUUUCUGUGUACUUUGCAAAAUUUUUAUUUUUAAUUUGGUUCGAAUCUUGAAAGUUACUAAUUGGCCGUUUAAGCAAGUAUUCUAACUAUUAAGCAUUAACUAAGAAGGACUUCUACACUUAAUAGUAAGUGAAAGGGUAAUGUUGAUGGUGUAAGUCCACAAAAACCCCCAAGUGCCAAGUUAAUGCAUCUUCUGCCCUCCCUUCCAAAUGCUAGAAAGCCAUUAAAAUGAGUUCUGUGGUUUAAUAUCCAAUCUAAACUAAUCUCCAUCGCAUUGUUGAAAAAGCUGCAUCAAGGAGUUUCUGCAAACAAAUCUUGUCAAUCUGAGGCUUGUGAAUCUGAAGUCUGCAGCCUGUUCUGCUCUGUUGCUUGGAGCGCUCGCUGCUCAGAUCAGUUUUAGUGCAGCCAUUUCCAAAUGUAACUUGGCCCUCGUAUGAAUAUAUUGUCAGAAACAAGUUGCUGUCAUUUGGAAGCUUUUGUGGUUAUUUUUUUCUUCUAUUUUAUUCUUCAUAUAAAAGCAAUACCACAAAAUAGAAAAUGAAAGUUUUCAUUAAACAAAAAGGAAGAACUCUCUUGUUAAAAUCACUUUAUUAACUGUAUAUUCUGGGCCAAAUAGUGACAAAUACAUUUUUUUCUGACAACUAAGGAGAGAUGUUUUGAAAGUACAUUUUAGUUCAAACAGAUUUUUUUUCACAAUUGCAAACUAGAAUGUAUAAUUUUAAAAUUCCUAGGACUUAAAGAGCACAGUUGUAUUCCAAAGGUACCGAUGCUUGAAAGCUGUAGUUAAUUCUAAAUGCACUAAAGUUUUUGAAGCAAAUCUACCUUAGACACUUUUUUAGUAUUGUAUUUUUAAAAAUAUUUAGGAUUUUAUUUAAGUUUUUUGUGAGUUAAAUUCUGUAUUGGAAAGAUGUUAGUAUCUUCUAUUAAGUAUUGAAUAUGUUUCUCCCAUUUUAUUUUUAAUCAAAUAUUUUAUAGAAAUGAGUUCAGA